GGCGAGUCUAAUGGAGCGUCCGGAGCAGGUUGGUCGCCAGUGUCUGGGUAAACCCCAAGGUGGACAGAAACAACAUCAUGGGUGCUUCUGAACUAGCUUCCUUCUUGCUGCUGGCCACCGUUGUCUUAGCCUCUGUGACCUGCACUCUGGCCCAAGGGUCUGGCAGCUGCACGGCGACUACAGGUGUCCGAGGCAGGUGUGUGGACAUUCGCCAGUGUCCGAGCGCUAUCAGGACCUUCCGGCGCGUGCGUCCUCCGGCCUGCUCCAACGAUGCCCUUAUCUGCUGCCUCGCUGCUCCUGGUACCAACCCGGGAAGUAUACUAGACAUCUCUCCCCCCAUUGUCAACUUUCAAUGUGGACAAAACAUCUUUCAGACCUUCAACCUGGUCACGGAACCCAUCGGCGAGGUUCGUAGCCUCCGGCAGGGGUCUACGGACGGUGCAGGAGUGGAGACGGCUGUGGUUAAUAGAGGAGCAACGCCACCGCGGAGGCCAGGCAUCCCUCCUGUGGAUGAGUCCAGGACGUUUGCACCACGUGUUGCACCCAGCAAUGGAACGAUUGUGUCCAUAGCUCUGCAUGUGCUUGGUGGGGUGAUCGCUCUUAAGAACAAUUGGCCCUGGAUGGCGUUGCUGGGAGAGCGCAGUGGUGAUAGCAAUAACUGGUUCUGCGCCGGUGUUCUAAUCAAUGACCGGUGGGUCCUCACAGCUCUUCACUGUUUGACUGCCAAGACAGUUGAAGUAGUUCGUCUGGGAGAACACGACUACAGUGACAACAACGACGGGGCGGCCCACGAGGAUUAUGGGGUGGACAAGACCCUCCUUAACCCGGAAUACUUCCAUCCGCAGGCUUAUCAUGACCUGGCCCUCAUCAAGCUGGACAAGAGGGUCAGACUCAAAUCAACGAUCAACCCGGUGUGUCUGCCGUGGGGGAGUGAGAGCACUCAGAGGCUGGUGGAUCAGACAGUCAUUUUAACUGGCUGGGGCGACACACAAUUUGCUGGUUUCCGAAGCUCUGUGCUGCAGGAGGUGCAGUUGACGGUGUUCCCGCCUUCCCAGUGUGACAAAAGUUACUCCACUCUGCUGGAGUACAGCAUCUCCUGGCCUCAGGGUGUUGGAGAGGAGACUGUGUGUGCAGGAGACCUCAACGGUGGAAGAGAUUCGUGUCAGGGAGACUCCGGGGGACCAAUCGUGGCCCGGAACAAAGAUGGCUUCUACGUCCUGGCUGGCAUCGUGUCCCGUGGUGUGGGCUGUGGUCAGAAGGACUUCCCUGGCCUCUAUGUCAACGUCCGCCUUCCUGCCUACCUCGCCUGGAUCAAGAAGAUCGCUUUUAGUUAAACUGUAUUAACUUUUACGUCAACUUCUGUCAUGCAACAUCAGUCUACUGGAUCAAGAAGCUUAUCUUCAGUUAACUAUCUUGACCUUUAUGUCAUCCUCUAUCAUCUACCAGUAGUCUACUGGAAGAAGAAGAUCACCGUUUUGUAAUUUUACAUUCAAACUAUGUGUUGUUAAUGAGGAAGUUGAUUACUACUUUGGAUGGCCUCUUAGCAGUCUGGAAAAACCAAGAGUUUACAAACAACUCUAUCACUAAUGUUCAAGAUAUUUCCAUAUUUAUGGUAUCAGAUAUAUUACCCCAACUCCAAGCCAGAAAUACCAGGCAUACCUAUCAUAAUAAUAUUUUAUUUAAAAAUAUACAUAGGGAAAUAACCCAAUGGUUACCUAAUAUAUAUAUAUAUAUAUAUAUAUAUAUAUAUAUAUAUAUA